CGCAUCCGACGGUCAUGCAAGUAAUCAAGGAUAACGCUGGGAUGCUCUCUAACUUCGAGGUCUUAGAUUUUCUCUCCGAGUCCCAGCAAAAAUCUCAAGGGAAAAGACCCAACGGACGAGGCCAAAACCUGGCCACCGUCACUUACGAGACUACAGAAUAUCUCUCAAAGACGCCGGCUGCUGUCCAGAAUCCACAUGUAUUGAGAAUUUCUUGAAGGCAAUUGCACCAUUCAAUCUCACAAAAGCAGAAAAGUUGCAACUAGUGAAUCUGAGGCCGAUGUCUCAAGUUGAGUUGCAGUGAUAAUAGAGGAGAUUGAUGAACGUUUUCAGACAAUAAAAUUGAAGAGAUUUUGGGAAUAGUUUCUUCCGAGCUUCCACCUUCUCACCCCCUAAUGACGAAAACCCUGUUG